AUGUCUGAAGAACAAACUGUUAUUGACACACCUCCUUCCACCGUUGACGGUUCCGUUGAAACCGUCACUACCAUUGAUUCACCAAGUACCACUGCCUCCAUUAUUGCUGCUACCACUGAAGAACAACCUCAAUUGGAAAAGAAGCCUACUCCAUUACCAUCUCUGAAGGAUUUACCCUCAUUGGGCUCGAAUGCCGCCCUUGCUAAUGUUAAGGUCAACUGGGGUCCAAACAUGAAACCCGUCGUCUCUAGCUCGCCAUCACCUUCUCCUUCUGCUCCCUCACUGACUACAGGUCUAGGCGCAACAAGAAUGCGUUCAAAGAACAUUCAAGAAGCGUUUGCUUUGGAUUUGGAAUCUCAAUUGUCAAUCACCAAACCUGAGUUAUCCCGUAUCGUCCAAUCCGUGAAGAAAAAUCACGACGUUUCUGUCGAAUCCACCCUUUCCAAGAAUUCUCGUACAUUUUUGAUUUCUGGUGUGGCUGCUAACGUCCACGAAGCAAAGAGAGAAUUGGUGAAGAAAUUGACUAAACCAAUCAACGCUGUUAUCGAAGUCCCAUCUAAAUGUAAAGCCAGCAUCAUUGGUUCCGGUGGUAGAACCAUUCGCGAAAUCAGUGACGCUUACGAAGUUAAAAUCAAUGUCUCUAAGGAAGUCAAUGAAGGCUCUUACGAUGAAGACAUGGACGACACUACAAGUGACGUUUCCUUAUUUGGUGAUUUUGAAUCUGUUAGCAUGGCUAAGGCUAAAAUUCUGGCCAUUGUCAGGGAAGAAACCAAGAAUGCUACAAUAAAAGUGGUUGUCGAUGACGAGAAAUACUUACCAUACGUCGACGUUUCCAGUUUUACUUCCGAUGAUGACGAAGUCAAAGUUCAAUUCUAUAAAAAAUCCGGCGAUAUUGUCAUUUCUGGUCCUCGUGAAAAGGCUAAAGCCACCAAAGCAUCUAUUCAAGAUUACUUGAAGAAGUUAGCUUCCGAUUUAGAUGAAGAAAAAGUAAAAAUUCCAUCCAAGUUCCAAUUUUUGAUUGAUGCUGGUGAAUUGAAGGAAAAAUACAAUGUCAUUGUCACUUUCCCAUCCACUCCUGGCGAUGAAUUAGUGUCAUUUAUUGGUUUGCGUGAUGAGGUCGCUGAAGCUAUCACCUACGCUAGAUCUUCUUCAAAAAGUUAUGUCGUCGAAUCCUUGGAUAUUUCCAAGGCUCAUAGUAAGAACAUUACUCAUGCCAAGAAUUUAAUCAUGUACUUCACGAAAUACUCUGUAUUGAAGGGCCUUGUAGAAUCUCAUCCUAAUGUUAAGAUUUCUUUGCCAUCCAUACAGUCAUUGCCAACUGCAGAAACCAUAACUGUUCACAUCAGUGCAAAGUCUGAUGAAGCAAACGACAUCAAGACCGUUCGUAAGGAGUUGAUUUCUUUCGUGAACAAUUUUCCACCUUCUGAAACUUUGACUAUCACAGACUUGGAUUACGAGUUGUUUGGUGGGUCUAUCAAACAUUGCUUGCUGGCUUCUGAAAGUAGUGUUGCCUUCGUCCAAUUUGGCGAUUAUUAUCCAAAUGACAACACUGUCCUGCUCAUUGCUCUAACUGAAGAUGAAGACUUCAAACCAUCUAUCGAAGAAAUUCAAGCAUCUUUGAAGAAAGCUAACGAAUCGUUAGAUUCGCUACGUGCUAAGCAAAACAACAUGAAAACUAAGAUCUACGAAUUCUCAGAGGAGAUUCAAGAUUCCUUAUUUAAACCAUCUUCUGCAACUUGGAAAUUGAUCAUGGAAAACAUUUCUGAACAAGAAGGUCAUAUCCAAAUCAAACUACAUACUCCUGAACAAAAUCAAUUGACGGUUAGAGGCGAUGAAAAAGCUGCUAAUGUCGCUAACAAAAUUUUCGAAUCUAUUUUGAGUUCUCCAUCAAGCAAAAGCAAAAUGACUGUUAAUAUCCCAGCUAACUCUGUUGCCAGAUUAAUUGGUAACAAGGGUUCCAACUUACAACAAAUUCGUGAAAAGUUUGCGUGCCAAGUUGAUAUUCCAAACGAAGAAAUCAAUAACGCCGCCAAGGACAGGAAUGUCGAAAUUACUUUAACUGGUUUAGAAUAUAACUUGAUUCAUGCCAAAACAUACAUGACUGCCGAAGCUAAGAAAUGGGCUGAUAUUAUCACAAAGGAAAUAAUUGUUCCAAUAAAGUUUCACGGUAACAUGAUUGGUCAGCACGGUACCUAUCGUAACCGUUUACAGGAAAAAUACAAUGUCUUCAUUAACUUCCCAAGAGACAGUGAGAUUGUCACCAUUAGAGGUCCUUCCCGUGGUGUCAACAAGGCACAUGAAGAAUUGAAAGCUUUGCUAGAUUUUGAAAUGGAAAAUGGUCAUAAAAUGAUCAUCAACGUUCCAGCCGAACAUGUCCCAAGAAUUAUCGGUAAGAACGGUGAUAAUAUCAAUGACAUUAGGGCUGAGUAUGGUGUCGAAAUGGAUUUCUUACAGAAGAGCACAGAUCCAAAGGUUCAAGAAACCGGUGAGGUUGAGUUGGAGAUUACCGGUUCUAGACAGAAUAUCAAAGAUGCUGCUAAACGUGUAGAAUCAAUUGUCGCCGAAGCUUCCGACUUUGUCACCGAAGUUUUGAAGAUUGACCACAAAUACCAUAAAUCUAUUGUCGGUGGCGGUGGUCACACUUUAAGGGAUAUCAUCUCUAAGGCUGGCGGCGAAGAAAUCAGAAAUAAAUCCGUUGAUAUUCCAAAUGCAGACUCUGAAAGCCAAGAUAUUACCGUUCAAGGUCCACAAAAGUUUGUAAAAGCAGUUGUUGCGGAAAUCAAUAAGAUUGUUAAGGACGGUGAAAACAGCGUGACCAAAACCCUUGAAAUUCCAGCAGAAAGAAAGGGUGCUUUGAUUGGUCCUGGCGGCAUGGUCCGUCGUCAACUAGAAUCCGAAUUUAGCAUCAGUCUAUUUGUUCCUAACAAGGACGACCCUAGUGGCAAAAUCACCAUUACUGGUUUACCAGAAAAUGUUGAGAAGGCUGAGAAAAAGAUCUUGAAUGAAAUAAUCAGGGAGAAUUUCGACCGAGAAGUUAAUGUACCAGCCUCUGUUUACGAAUAUGUCUCGGAACGUGGUGCUUUCAUUCAGAAAUUGAGAAUGGAUUUAUUUGUUAAUGUUAGAUUUGGUAACACUUCCAAAAAAGCUAACAAACUAGCUCGUGCUCCAAUUGAAAUUCCUCUGGAAAAGGUUCGUGGCUCCACUGAAGGUGAAAAUGCAGAAAAGACCAAGUUCACCGUAGAAGAGGUUGCUGCACCUUCUACUGAAGAAGGAGAUAUCACCAUGAGAUUGACAUACGAACCGGUUGAUUUAAGCAGCAUUCUUGACGAUGAAGAAAAGGAAGUCGAGAAGGAAACUUCAGUCGACUCCGCCAAGAAGGAAGAAGCUCUCGAUACUGCUGUAAAAUUGAUCGAGGAGAGAAUUGCCAAGGCACCAUCUGCCACGUAUGCUGGUUAUGUCUGGGGCGCCGACACCAGAAAGUUCAAUAUGAUUGUUGGCCCAGGUGGUUCUAACAUCAAAAAAAUUAGAGAGGCAGCCGACGUUGUUAUCAACGUUCCAAGAAAGACUGACAAGGUCAAUGAUGUUGUGUACAUUAGAGGUACCAAAGCUGGUGUCGAAAAGGCCGGCGAAAUGGUAUUGAAAUCUUUAAGAAGAUAG